AUGACAAACUUAGAAAACAUCUGCGGUAAAUUUAACUCUUCAAUAGAGAAUAUGAAACUUAUAGUAUGUAACGAACUUCAAAGUAUAGAUACAACAAAAGUUUUGAACUCGGAUGCUUUGAAGAGUCUUAUAACAGACAAAGUUGGAGUUGUUGAAAGAAAAUAUAAAGACCAAAGAGUUUGUGAAAAUGUUGCAAAUUUCAUUAUGGUUUCAAACAACGCCGUUCCGAUGAAGUUAGAAAGUUCUGACAGAAGAUAUGUAGUUGUCAGAACGUCAGAUUCUCAUAUGCAAGAUACAGAAUAUUUUGACGACUUAGCAGAAACUUUGACACCUAACUUUUACAACCACUUGUUCUCAUAUUUCAUGACAUUAGAUAUUUCAAAGUUCAAUCCAAGACAAAUUCCACAUACCGAAGAAAGACAAACAUUGUUAGAAGCAAACAAGAGUGUAUAUGAACUGUUUAUAGAUGAGACUAACUUUGAGUGUUUAGAUGAAAGGUCAUUGUACGAUUCAUAUAAACAGUAUUGUCAAGAGUAUGGUUAUAUGGCAGCUUCUAAACGUACAUUCUUGGCAAAUGUCAAAAAUCUUUUAGAUGUUCAGAAUGGUGUAUAUACAAAGAAAAAUUUUUCUGAGUAA